GGAGCUGAAGGGGAAUGUGCAGACCUUGGUACACAAUGGGAUGAAGGAGGACAUCAACAACUUCAUCAGCUCCAGCUCGUUUGACAACAUCGUCAACUUAUACCGGCUGCCUACUGCCAUCAUCGCAUUCAUGAACUGCAGGAAGAAGGUGAAAGCAGAAUAUCCCGAAGUGGAUAUUACGAAGAUCACCUUUGGAGAGCAAGAAGAAGGAGUGGAGGAAGAUGGGGAGAGCAUGUCAGCAGACUUCUGUCCUCAGAUCAAACUGAGGUGGGAGGAUGAUGCAAACGGACGUGCUGUUUUCCCUCCACAGUUCGACUUCGAGUUCGUGGCAGUGGAGGAAGAAGGGGCAGAGGUAGAGGAAGACGAGGUGGAGGCAGGAGUGGAGGGAGCUGAAGUGGAUGAGAGCCAACCAGUUCCAGAAGUGGAGAUUCAUCCAGUUCCCUCCGACGAUGAGCAGCCUCCUCUGCCAGACGAGCAGCAGCCAAGACAGCCACCUCUUCCAGCUGAAGAGAAGCCAGUGGAGCCACGUCCUCCAGUAGAGAACUAAUUUUAUUAUUAUAUAUAUAUUUUUUAAUUUGUUGUAAAGACAUUUGAACAGUUUGUAAUACUUAUUUUAGUUGAAAUGAAAAUUUAUUUUUGAAAUCAUGUGUUUGUUUGUAUUUGCUUUACAUUUUUGGUAUUAUUCUUUAUUAAUAAAAGAACUGAGAUUAU